AUGUCAAACGAAGCUCAACAAAAAAAGGGGAGCAACCAACAAAAUUCUGCGGGUUUUAUGUAUAUGAUAAAUCCUUUGAAUCAAUCAAUAAUAUUAAGACACUUUUCCGUUUUAGAUAAUAAAAAACCAUUACAUCCUAAAGCAGAGACUCUAUAUGCAUAUCCAACGCCACUAAAUGAACUAGUAUUUGUUCUACGUCUAUUAGAACCUGAGGAUCAUAGAAUGCUAUAUGUCAUUGAUCCAUGCAACAUAGAGCAAAAGCAAAAAUCUAUUAUAUUAACAUCAGCCCGUAAAAAUACUGGACAAGUACGUUAUUCAUUUAUUUCAACUGAUGGGGGUGAAAUGAUUGAUAUCAGUGAUACUAUUGAAGACAUUCUGGGUGAUGUUGAUGUGCUUGUGGUAGAGGAGGAGAAAGAGUACUGUUCAAGAUGUAGAUAUUUUGGUAAAGAUUGUUGA